GGAAAAGCAAAUGGUGUUAAUGGGAAAACUGGUAAAAUCCGAAUAAAGUCUGAAGUUCAGUUAGUGGAGGUGUAUACCAGUGGUAUUGUCUUAGCUCUGAUACAUGUGCCAUGGAACCAAGAUGUUAGUGUUGGUGGAAGUCUGGGAAGGGUAAUGGGGACUCUGGAUCGUCUCUGGAGCUCUUCUGUAACUCUAAGAUUGUUUCACAGUAAGAUUUUUAAAAUCCUAACUUCUUAUCCUGGAUUGGUUAUCAGCUUUAUCUUGAGCAUUUAAGCAUUAGUUUAUUAACUCUUAAUCCCAUUUACAUUUGGUGGAAAAUAUAUCGAUUCGUUUGUUAAAGUUGAUUUUGGAAUGUCUCUGAUGUUAAUAAUAAUAUUUAUUUCUCGUUCCAGGGGAGUCACCUGCUGCAGAAGUGUCCUUAUCUUUUGUGAUCCUAUCUAUGUGUAGUUUCAUUAUAUUAAUCGUGUUAAUUGCAAAUUGUAUAUCCUGCUGUAAAGACCCAGAAAUAGACUUUAAGGAAUUUGAAGAUAAUUUUGAUGACGAGAUAGAUUUCACACCACCAGCAGAAGAUACUCCCUCUGUCCAGUCUCCAGCAGAAGUGUUCACACUUUCAGUACCAAACGUCUCACUACCUGCUCCAUCCCAAUUCCAGCCUUCUGUAGAAGGUCUGAAGUCUCAAGUUGUGCGCCACAGUCUAAACUACAUACAGGAAAUUGGAAGUGGCUGGUUUGGAAAGGUCCUCCUUGGAGAGAUUUACACGGGCACUAGUGUAGCAAGAGUAAUAGUGAAGGAGUUAAAAGCAAGUGCAAGCCCAAAGGAACAAGAUACUUUUUUGAAAAAUGGAGAACCUUACUAUACUCUUCAGCAUCCAAAUAUUCUUCAGUGUGUUGGACAGUGUGUAGAAGCAAUUCCCUAUCUUCUGGUGUUUGAGUUCUGUGAUCUGGGCGACCUGAAAGCUUACCUGCGCAACGAGCACGAGCAUGUGCGGGGGGACUCGCGGACCAUGCUGCUGCAGCGGAUGGCCUGUGAGAUCGCCGCGGGGCUGGCCGCCAUGCACAAGCUGCACUUCCUGCACAGUGACUUAGCCUUGCGGAAUUGUUUCCUUACCUCGGACUUAAACGUGAAAGUGGGAGACUACGGAACAGGGUUCAGCAGGUACAAGGAGGAUUAUGUUGAAACAGAUGACAAAAAAGCAUUCCCUCUGCGGUGGACUGCUCCAGAACUAGUGACCAGCUUUCAGGACAGACUACUAACUGCAGAUCCAACUAAGUACAGUAACAUUUGGUCCCUGGGGGUGACGCUUUGGGAGCUUUUUGAUAAUGCUGCUCAGCCGUAUUCCAGCCUUUCCAACUUAGAUGUUCUUAACCAGGUCAUUCGAGAGAGAGAGACGAAGCUCCCCAAGCCCCAGCUGGAGCAGCCGUAUUCCGACAGAUGGUAUGAAGUUUUACAGUUCUGUUGGUUGCCACCAGACAAGAGACCGGCGGCCGAGGACGUGCACAGACUGCUCACCUACCUGCGCAUGCAGAGCCAGAGGGACCCGGAGGUUGACUUUGAGCAGCAGUGGAAUGCUCUCAAACCUAACACAAAUAGCAGAGACACUUCCAGCAGCGCUGCCUUCCCAAUCCUUGACCAUUUUGCCAGAGACCGGCUUGGCCGUGAAAUGGAGGAAGUCCUCACCGUGACGGAAACCAGCCAGGGCCUGAGCUUCGAGUACGUCUGGGAGGCCGCGAAGCAGGACCACUUUGAUGAACGCAGCCGGGGCCCCCCGGGCGACGCCUUGUCCUACACGAGCAUCUUCUUUCCAGUGGAAGUGUUUGAGAGUUCACUUUCAGAUCCCGGGCCCGGGAGACCAGAUGACAGUGCCCAGGACGUCCCUGUGAGAGCCCCCGGAGUGGUUCCCGUUUUUGAUGCCCACAACCUUUCUGUUGGGAGUGACUAUUACAUCCAGUUAGAAGAAAAAAGUGGGAGCAACUUGGAGCUUGAUUAUCCAGCUGCACUGCUUACUACUGAGCUGGAGAAGCCAGAGAGGACGAGUGGCGAGGCGUCUCAGUUUCUGACACUCAGGAGCCUUGAGUUGGAGGAGUCCAGUACAGAUGAGGAUUUCUUCCAAAGCAGUGCAGACCCCAAAGAUCCCAGCAUCGCCGAGGACAUGCAUGCUACGAGGGGCCCCGAGAGCCCUUUCAACAGUAUAUUCAACGAUCUUGACAAAUCGGAGGGUCUGCCCAGUCACCAGAAGAUAUUUGACUUAAUGGAACUAAAUGGAGUUCAAGCUGACUUUAAGCCAGCCACUUUAAGUUCAAGUUUGGAUGACCCCAAAGACUCAGUAAUAACAGGCCACUUUGAGAAAGAAAAGCCCCAUAAGCUUUUUGACUGUGAGCCUCUUUGCUUAUCAGAAAACCUUAAGCAGCAGGAUAAUUUUGAUCCACUGAAUGUGCAAGAAUUAUCAGAAAACUUUUUAUUUCUUCAAGAGAGAAACUUACUAAAAGACUCAUUGUGUAGUGAAGAACAUAUAAACGAUCUUCAAACAGAACUUAAAAAUGCUGGUUUUACGGAAACUGUAUUAGAAACUCCACAUAGAAACGCUUUAGAUACUGAGCUUAAGUUUGCUGAAAGCAAACCAGGCUUUUCUUUGUUGCGGGAAGACAUGAGCUCGGAGGGUCAGGAUCCUCGCGUUGUGUUCCAGGACCAUGCUUUGAGCGCCUCAUUACCAUCUUCCCCGGAAGCGCAGGUACCUCCUGCCUCACUGGGAAUAGAAGGCACACCUCACAGCGUGCUUCCAGAUGCCCUCCCGAAGCAGGGAGAAGCCGCGCCCAGGCAUUUAGGUGUCAGUAUCCAUGACAGCUGUUUCUGCCAAGAAGCCAAAGUAGACUCUGUGACUGUCCCAGUAGAAAGUCCCUCUGCUGAUGCCAAAACACACAGCAUGGGCCACGGGACCCACCACCUAACUCACCAAUGUGAGGAGGCUUUGAGACGGACCCAGAGUGACUCCAUGCUUGUUGAUGAUGUUUUUGCCAGCAAAGUGAGUAUAGGGAGUGGUCUUCCCGAACUGAAACAGAACCUGCAGAAUCAGCUGCUCUCAGAAGAGCAUCCAGGUAACAGUCUACUGGAGGAAAACUCAGAAGCUGUGGAAACUUUGAAUCAGCUUAGUGGUAAAGAUGCUGCAGACGAGGGGGGCUUGGUGUCCGCCCUUUCCUCGGACUCUACCAGUCAGGACAGCCUUUUAGAAGACAGCUUGUCAACACCCAUUCCAACUUCAGAGCAGUCGGUGGAGACCCCUGACUCUCUAGACUCUGUGGACGUCCAUGAGUCUCUGUUGGGUUCUUUAGGCUCGCACACCCCUCAGAAACUCCUGCCCCCUGACAAGCCUGCAGACAGUGGCUAUGAGACAGAGAACCUGGAGUCGCCUGAAUGGACUUUGCACCCUGCCCCCGACGGUGCCUCAGCCUCAGGUGUGGCCACAGCAGGCAACAGCGGUCAUGGCGAAUUGCCUCCCAACCCUGUCAUCAUCAUCUCAGAUGCUGCUGAUGGCCACAGAGGUACUGAAGUGACUUCACAGACCUGCGCAGCUGGCUCUCAGAGCUCAUACCGAGACUCUGCCUACUUCUCAGAUAAUGAUUCUGAACCUGAUAAGAAGUCGGAGGGCGUCCAAGGAACCUCAGUGUCAGCCUUGGCCUUGGUAACGUAUCAGCCCCUGCUGGAGCCAGUCAUCCCAGAGCAGAGUCCUGGCACCAAGGACAGUGGCCCAGAAACCAAAAAUAGCCAGCCAGACCAAAGUUGUCUGUCCGAUUUGCAGAAUUCCAGUCUCCUGGAGUCAAGAGGAACGCCACAACCAGCACUGACUGACGUCUCCAAAGAGCCGCAUGCUCCUGAAGACGAGGCCAGCAGUCCCUCGAGUGUAUUGAACUCGGAGCUGAGCAGCAGCGAUGACUUCGAGACACAAGAAGAGCGCCCCUGCUCGAUCGCCUCCACUGGGACGAACACCAACGAGCUCCUCGCGUUUGCCAGUUCCACCCUCUGCUCCGGUAGCCCAUCCGACCUGUUGGGGGAUCAGUCCUUCUCCAGCCACUUGGAGGGCCCCAAGCUGAAGGAGCCAGAUAUCGAGGGGAAGUACCUGGGGAAGCUUGGUGUGUCAGGGAUGCUCGACCUCUCUGAGGAUGGGAUCGAUGCCGACGAGGAAGAUGGGAACAGCGACGACUCAGAUGAGGACCUGCGGGCAUUCAGCCUGCACAGCCUCAGCUCCGAGUCGGAGGACGAGACCGAGCACCCCGUCCCCAUGAUCCUCAGCAAUGAGGACGGGAGGCACUUGCGGAGCCUGUUGAAACCCCCUGCUGCUGCUGCCGUUGACCAGCUACCGGAUGACUGGAAAAAAGAAAAGAAAGCAGUGACCUUUUUUGAUGACGUCACAGUCUAUCUGUUUGACCAGGAGACCCCAACCAAAGAGCUGGGACACUGUGGAGCAGAAGCGCAUGGCCCCGAGGGGAGCAGCCCAGCACCGUCAUCAGGUUCCCCCUACCUGAGCAGGUGCAUAAAUUCCGAAAGUUCAACCGAUGAAGAAGGUGGAGGCUUUGAAUGGGAUGACGACUUCUCCCCAGACCCUUUUAUGUCAAAGACAACGAGUAACCUUCUUAGUUCCAAGCCGGCUCUGCAAACUUCAAAGUACUUUUCUCCACCGCCGCCGCCCCGGAGCGCGGAGCAGGGCUGGCCCCACACGGCACCAUACUCCAGGUUCUCCAUCUCUCCCGCCAAUAUCGCCAGCUUUUCUCUCACACAUCUUACCGACUCGGACAUCGAGCCAGGAGGAAGCAGUGAAGAUGGAGAAAAAGACUAGAUGGAUGCUGAUGCACCCUCAGGUCCCAGGCCGCUUCUCCGGGGCGGCAGUCCUGUUCUGCCAGCCGAGCCACGCCAUCCACGCGACAUCUGCUGAGACGGGACAGGGAGAGAGACUCAGGAGGCGGAGAGGGAGCCAGUGCUGGGCCCCAUGCCUGGUGCCCACAGCAGGAAGCCUGUCUGGGGAGCCGCGGUCCUGUCCAGUGCGGUGUGCUGCCCUGGCAGCUGCGUGUCUGCAGCCGCUCUCACCUGCGAAACACUCAGGCUCUGGCCAUCCUUGGGGAGGGCCAGUCCUGCUCGGGUGCGUGGUGAACUGUGGGCUCCCGGUUGUUUCUGGUUUCCACACGGGGUGUUCUCUGUGUCUACACCUGUGCAUCCCGUCUGCGCACAGGGGCUCAGAGGAUGCAUGGUGGGACUUGGCACCAGUGAGCCAUAUUUAUUAUUUUUAAAGAAAUCACUAACUGCUUUCUGUAAUUGCACUGUGGGUAAAUGUUCUAAGAGUCCCGGAUAUUGUACAGAAUAUUAAAUUAUUCAAGGAAAAUUAGGCAGGUCAAGCUGGUGCUACCCACUAGUUUGAUUUUUUUUUUCUGUUUUAUAGUUUGUUUGCUCUGCAUGGUACUUGUAAAGCUUAAAUAUUUUGAGUGUUAUGCAGUCCUUAGCACUGUUGGAAUUGUACAUAUGGUACUCUUUCGUAAACGAUAAAUGAUUCCGAAUGUUA